UCUUCAUUGAUUCAAUCAAAAUCAAUCAAAAGAUGGCUUCUAUUGUUGUCAGAGUUGGUGGUGGCAGUGACCCUAAUUACACUUCGAAGACGACACUCUAUGUCGUAUUUGCAUGCAUCAUAGGAGGCAUAGGUGGUUUGAUGUUUGGUUAUGAUAUCGGUAUCUCUGGUGGUGUGACAUCCAUGGCUUCCUUCUUGAGUGGAUUCUUUCCUUCAGUUUAUCGAAAGAAAACAUUAGAUAGCUCAGUCAGUCAGUACUGCAAGUUCAACGAUCUUACUCUUACUAGUUUUACAUCUUCUUUAUACCUGGCUGCGCUGGUUGCGUCCCUCUGUGCAUCAUGGAUCACCAGCAAACUCGGUCGAAGAAUGUCCAUGGUUCUCGGUGGUUUUGUUUUCCUGGCCGGAGCUGCUCUCAAUGGUGCUGCUCAGGCUGUCUGGAUGCUUAUUCUUGGCCAUAUCUUGUUGGGUAUUGGUGUUGGCUUUUCUAUUCAGUCUGUGCCGCUUUAUGUUUCAGAGAUGGCUCCGUACAAAAGACGUGGCUUUUUCAACAUUGUGUUUCAAUUGUCCAUAACAAUUGGUAUUCUCUGCGCUAAUCUCGUCAAUUAUGUGACUCCAAUUUUGAUGAAAAACGGCCAAGCAUGGCGUGUUAGUCUUGGCGGUGCAUGUGUUCCCGCUGCUUUCAUCUUUAUCUCAGCUUUGUUUCUUCCAAAUACACCAAACUCUCUGUUAGAGAAAGGUCAAGAGCAAGAAGCUAAAGCCAUCCUUAAAUGUAUCCGCGGUGCUACUCAAGACCACCAAAUUGAGAAUGAAUUUCAAGACUUGGUUAAGGCUUCCGACGAGGCUAGGCAGGUGGAGGAUCCAUGGAGAAAGCUUCUGAGGACACGGAAAUACAAACCACAUCUCGUAAUGGCUGUACUAAUCCCAGCACUUCAGCAACUUACUGGAAUUAAUGUGGUCAUGUUUUACGCUCCAGUGCUGUUUCAAAGCAUUGGGUUUAAAGACGAUGCUUCUCUUCUUUCCGCAGUAGUUACUGGAAUUGUUAAUGUCUUGGCUACAUUUGUUUCUAUGUAUGGAACUGAUAAAUGGGGAAGAAGGACUUUGUUUCUUGAAGGUGGACUUCAAAUGCUAAUCUUUCAGAUUUUGGUAGCAGUGUUUAUUGGAUGGAAAUUUGGAAAGACAGGAAUAGUAAAUAAUUUACCAUCAUGGUAUGCAAUUCUAGUUGUGUUGUGCAUCUGCAUUUUUGUAGCAGGAUAUGCAUGGUCAUGGGGACCAUUAGGAUGGUUAGUGCCAAGUGAAAUAUUCCCAUUGGAAAUCAGAUCAGCAGCUCAGAGUGUUGUCGCAGCAGUAAACAUGCUGUUCACAUUUGCAAUUGCUCAAUUGUUCCUUCCGAUGCUUUGCGUCUUGAAGUUUGGAUUGUUCAUCUUUUUCGCAUUUUUCGUUGCGGUCAUGACUAUCUUCAUUUAUUUCUUCUUGCCGGAGACUAAGAACAUUCCAAUUGAAGAAAUGUCUCAAAUUUGGAAAAAUCAUUGGUUCUGGAAGAGAUACAACAACAACAACAACAACCUUCCUCUUCUCGAAGAUGCUGUGUUUGGAAGAAAAGCGUUUUCAUUUUACCAUCUGGAUUUAUUAUUAAUAUGUUCUUGUCACAUAAUUCUUACUGUAAACAAUAACUUGGGCUAGAAAUCAUCUUGUCCAUUUUUAUCUAUAAUGUUGAUCCGAGGAAAAAAAUAAAUAAAAAUUGUGUUAGAAUUGGUCAAUGGAUGGACGCUUCAAAUUGGGAGAGUAUAUCUUCUCUGGUCUCUAGAACUUUUUUUAUUUUUUUAGGCAUUUAAACCAUUCUGUAUCCAAAU